ACUCCUCAUAGCUACGGCUGGUGUUUAAUUGCCUGUGAUAUGUAUAAAAAUGUCAGGCCGUAAAAGAACAUCUUUAAUUUCAUCCGCAUUUUUAGCCGGUUUAGAUCUUGUGUAAAAAGAUUCAAAUGUAAUUUAGUGAAAAGUGUAUAUUGGUUUAUAAUGUAUCUAAAGAAUGAUGAAAGAUAACACGUGUUUUUACUAUAAAUUAAAAGUAUGGCAAUGAACCACUAAAUUCAAGUAUUAGUGUGAUUGUUACGGUGGUAUUUUUUUGAAAGCAAUCAAGUUUAUUUUGUAUGUAGGCUGAUACAUCUUCACACCGCACAGAACUACGAUCAUGAAAUUGGAACUAACAUUUGCUAUUCUCGUGUUUUUGUCGCCCAACAACUACGUACAUGGUAGAGCAGUGCGCAGAUCCUGUGGAAAAUAUCUAGCAGAUCGAAUUUCGGAUAUUUGCAAAGUUAGAGGCGGUUACACACAGCUAAGUUCCUCCUUUAUUCAGCAUCAAAGUCACCGUCGGAAGAAACGUGGAGUGGUAGAAGAAUGCUGUAAACGCAGUUGCACAGACGAUACAUUAAUCCAGUACUGUAUGGAACUUAGCAGUGCAGAAGCGGCACCAGCGGAACAAGCGGCAAUCCAAAAUACUCAUAGAACCACAACACCGUAUGCAACAGAAUAUGUUGCUCCUCAGGAACAACUUACCACAAAAUUUCCACUCAACAGCAUUCCAAUCGAAGUGGGUACUGUACGCCCAGAGUUUGCUAACAUCAACGCAAAAUAUAUGGCUAAUAAACGAAAACACUAUCUAUAUUACUUUUGGCCAAGUAAUGAUGUACAUGUGAUAUAAAAGUGCUCUGAAGCAAUUAAGAAAACUGACUGAUGUCUGGUUCAUAUAGGCUGUGAUAAAAAUUAAGUAAUAUACAAA